UGUUCUGACAAUCAGCUGACUGCGAUGACAUAUCAAGCCAAUGAUGGUAAUUUUAUUCUACUUUAAUGACCAGCAAUAAAUUUAGCUCAAGAUGGAAAUAAUUAUUGAAAAAUCGGUUAUGCUUCUGAAAACCCAGAAAGGACUUGUAGAAACAGAUCAGUACAAAAAAUUACUUGAAUCCCAUGGUUUGGAGGUUAAACAAGUAAACACUUUGAUUUUCAAAUUUUACAAUCUGAAUGAAUUAUCUGCUAAAUUAAAAAAUCAUGAUGACUACAGCGGUAUACUUUUAUCUAGUCCCCGUUGUGUUGAAGCUGUUUAUUCAUCACUCAACGAAAAACAAUUGGAUCCUUCUUGGAGAACAAAAAAUAACUAUACAGUAGGUGAAGCUACUCAUUUGGCAGCUUUACAAAGAUUGGGUAUUGAUUGUAGAGGGAAAGAAAGUGGCAAUGCGAAAAACCUUUCAGAAAUAAUAUUAAAAGAGAAUUUGGGAACAGCCAAACCUUUCCUAUUUCCUCAUGGAAAUUUAAAGACUGACACUCUUAAGAUAGAAUUAGGAAAGUCGAAUAUAGACAUUGAAGGGGUUCUUGUUUAUGACACCCUUGCUAAUCCAAAUAUUGAAGAAGACUUCAGGAUUGCUACUAACGAUUUUACUGAGUUUCCAGAGUAUGUUGUGUUUUUUAGUCCUUCGGGAGUGAGGAGUUCUAUAAAAUUGUUCAGGAAAGUUCCAGAAAUUGAAAAAACAAUUAAGUUUAUAGCUAUUGGACCAGUUACUACAGCUGCAAUGAUUGAAGAGCGUAUCAGGGUGACAGAUGAAGCAGCAAGUCCAAAUCCAACAGAAGUUCUAAAUUUGAUUAUAAAAUGAUUCUUUGAUUUUGUG